CCUGUGCAGGUGAAACAAGAACAGGAAGAGCCAGAAGAUCAUCAGAUAAAAGUGGAAGAGAAAGAAGUUUACUGCACUGAGAACCAAAAUCAGGAAAGAAGAAAACCUUUCUCAUGUGGCAUCUGUAAAAAGUGUUUUGCUUUCAAAUCUGUUUUUGAUGCUCAUAUGAGAACUCAUACGGGUGAAAAGCCGUUUUCAUGUGUGAACUGUGGAAAAGGUUUUAGUCACAAACAGCAUUUAACUCGGCACAUGAUGAUUCACACUGGUGAAAAGCCGUUUUCAUGUGUGAACUGUGGAAAAGGUUUUAGUCACAAACAGCAUUUAACUCGGCACAUGAUGAUUCACACUGGUGAAAAGCCGUUUUCAUGUGUGAACUGUGGAAAAAGUUUUAGUCAAAAAGUUAAUUUAACUCAGCACAUGAUGAUUCACACUGGUGAAAAGCCGUUUUCAUGUGUGAAAUGUGGAAAAGGUUUUAGUCAAAAACAGGUUUUAAUUCAGCACAUGAUGAUUCACACUGGUGAAAAGCCGUUUUCAUGUGUGAAAUGUGGAAAAAGUUUUAGUCAAAAACAGGUUUUAACUCAGCACAUGAUAAUUCACACAGGUGAAAAGCCGUUUUCAUGUGUGAAAUGUGGAAAAAGUUUUAGUCACAAACAGCAUUUAACUCGGCACAUGAUGAUUCACACAGGUGAAAAGCCAUUUUCAUGUGUGAACUGUGGAAAAGGUUUUAGUCAAAAACAGCAUUUAACUCGGCACAUGAUGAUUCACACUGGUGAAAAGCCAUUUUUAUGUGUGAACUGUGGAAAAGGUUUUAGUCACAAACAUCAUUUAACUCGGCACAUGAUGAUUCACACUGGUGAAAAGCCGUUUUCAUGUGUGACCUGUGGAAAAAGUUUUCGUCACAAGGUGAGUUUAAUUCACCACUUGAGGCGUCACACAGGUGAAAAGCAGUAGAAGUAUUUUCCAUACAUGUUCUAUGUUGAGGUUCACUAUAGAACUGAUUUGGUUUAAAACUAGAAUGAAAGACUGGAGGGGUUUCAUGUCUAUAAAGCUGACAAUUUUUGUAUUUGUUAAAUGUGAUUAUUUGGAUACUUGGAGAUGUGCAACCAUGACACAUUUUCCUUCA